UUUAGUUUUUUGCAUUGAUCCUUUGAAUGUCAUACACAGUUUUGAGAGCUGUUCUUUGAGCCACUUCCUCAAAGCUCUAUAUUGUCUCUUUAAACUUUGUUAUACUCGAUUUUAUUCUUGAUAGCUAGCACCCUGUAACUUCUGCUAUGGAUUUAUGCAGACAAAAGCUAUGUAUCUUAUUUUACUGUGUGCACCUUCCCAAGAUUUGCUGCCAACUUGACUGUUACUUUUAUGAUCUCUUGUAGUGAUAGUAGUUACCAGUUUUUACAUCCACAGGUCUGGUGUAAAAAGAAAGGAUUGUUGAUACUUUUGGGAAACAACCUAUAUAUGAUUAGACAAAAUCCUGUGAGAGUGUCUUCUAUGCACUUUUUUAUGUUUAUUUAAUAAUCUGAAAGAAGACUAGCGUUUGGAAUAAUGGCAACAGGAGACCUAAAUGGAAGUUUAAGAAAAAUCGAACAAGGACUUCGCUUGUUAAAUUAUCCAAGAGAUGUGGAUUAUACAGUGUUAGUAAAGGGUGAUCCAGCUGCAUUUUUACCUAUCAUCAGCUAUUGUUUUACAUCUUUUUCAACUUGCAUAGCAGAGCUUUUGGUAAAGUGUGAAGUGGAACUGACAGCCAAGAGUGACUUGCGUUUUAUCGAAGCUGUUUAUAAGUUUCUUCGAGAUCAAUUUCAGUAUAAACCAAUUUUAACAAAAGAGCAGUUUCUUCAGGUUGGCUUUGCAGAAAGAAAAAUGCAAAUUGUUUGUGACAUUAUCAACUGUGUAGUGAAGAAACAUAAGGAGUUGAGUAACUCUAGUAAGGUUAAAUCCCAAACGAGAAAAAAAAUCAAACCUUUUAAAAUUGAAGUAUGGUCAAAUUGUGGUAAAGGUCUUGCUGAUCCAAGUCGCAGUGCUCUGAAUUCCAAACAGCAUACUCAGAAGAAGCCUCUAGUUGAACGGCACUCAGGAGAUGAAGUUAGUCGUGAUCUUUGUCCACUACCUCUUCCAGCACAGGGAGAGACUGAGGAAGAAUUGUGCCCAGAUCAUGAUAUUGUGGAAGUUAACUGUGAACAAGACCUAGAAGAAAACUCACAAAUUGAGUUUUUGAAGAAUCAGCUUGCGGAUUUCCAGGAAAAGCUUAAUAAGCUAGAUUGGAUGGAAGAUAAACUACAAGUUUUAGAAGAGAAGCUGCAAGGAAAGGUGAUCAUAGAUGAGAAGGACUGGAAUAACUUACUGAAUCGAGUUUUGCUUCUUGAAACAGAACUGUUGUUACAAUCCAGAAAGAGAGACUUACCUAAAGACUUCAGCAAUAUAAAUCAAAAAAGAACUUCUAGUAGCAAUCCAGUUUCUUUUGAUACAGAGAGGAAUGAGGAGAUGCCAGAGAGUCAUCUUCAGUCGUCUGGAUGCAGUUCACUGUUAUCCACAGACCAGUCUCCCAAAGACAUGGCCAUUAAUUCUCAUGAUCUGACAGACAUUUCAAAGGAGACAAUAAGACAAAGAAUGGAAAAGAUAAGUAAAAUAAUUGAAGAAACCUUCAAAUUGUUCAAAACGCCAAGCCCACCUCUAGGAAUACCUGCAAGCACAGGUCUUCAGACCUGGUCUCUCGAGACCUAUGGAUACCUGAAAUAAUCUGUAUGUUUAUACAGUGUUCAAUUCUUAAUAUAUUGAAUUUGUAAUGAUCACCAGUGCCUUUAUUGCUUUGAAUAAAUAUUUUACUCAUGCAUCUGUGUAUUGAUUCCCUCCCCACAACCACAAUUUUUGGUUUUCAAGACUGUUCAAAUAGCUUCUUCCCCCCUCCUUGCACUUUUGUAAAUUGAAGUCAUUACAGCAGUGUAUUCUUGUGUUGACAUUUGUUAGCAGUGUGCUAAGUAAUAUGUUUUUUAAAGUGUGGGCUUGAGGACUGUGGUUUACAUCCUGUUGGAAACAUUCCAGCUGGAGCUUGCAUAUUACACCCAAGAGGCAUUCUUACAUACCAUCUUACCAUCUGUACUGUUGAAUAAGUCUUAAUAAAAAACUUACAUACACAGUUUCAGAUAUGUACCUUUUUUGUUGGGUUUUUAUUUUUAAAUAUAAGUUUUCAUGCUGAGCUGGAGAGCACCAACACUUUAUGGCUUCCAUUAACACUGACAAAGUGAGGGUCAGUUUGAUCCUAAACACAAAAAUGUGCAAGUAAGUCUACAGACUUUGACUGCAAGAGAUGUGUUGAGUGUUUUAGUGCUCUUACCCAACACAUUUUAAGACCAGCAGCACAGAUGGAGACCAGUCAGUAUACAAAGAAACACAACAUUUUCAUUAUUUGAAGCCAUAUUAAGAUUUCUGUUUAGAGACAUAAGUAGAUGUUAGACUUCCAUAAACAUAUGAUCAAACCAAAGAUGUGUGAGGCUUGAUUAGAUUUAUUUAAUUGUUUAUUGCUUUUUCUAAAUUGGUAGUCUGUCAUAUCAAGGUUCCUUUGUGUUUUAAUACUUCACUUGAAAAGAUUUUUGGAGUUUAAUAUUACAGACCAAUCAGAAUUUUUUGGGGGGCAGAGUUUGCAGAUGAAGGUAAAAGCAGCUGUUUAAUAUGCUGUAAAAAGUGAUUUCUAUGUUUUACAAUAAUUAUGAUUUUUUUUUCCUAUAACCAUAUGGAGUAUAAAUGGACUUUAUUUUACACAGAAACAGAAGAGCUUGUGACGAUCUGUUAUGUUAUAUAAACUAGUUCUGGGGUUUUUAUACUUCUGGGAUUGGACUUACUUUUUCAGUUGUUUAAAAAUAAAAGAACGUAUAAAGA